AUGAUCUUCGCGGUGAAGGCCUACAUGGGCGAGCGCAGCUUGCGGGAGCAGUUCAAGGCUCGACACGCCAUCGAUGAAGCCAAGAGCCGGAUCGAGGACAUCCUCGACACUUUGAAGCAGACCUCUAGAGGGGUCUACAUUAAGACAGAUGAGAAGGGCAAGACCAAGCAAUACAAAAGUAAGAAGCAGGCCAAAGAGCAUGGCUUUUCAGAGGAAACUCGGCUCAAUUCUGUUUUCCUAUCUUUGAGCAUCUUUCUGUUGGCUCGGCCCAUAUGUAGACUUCGUCCAGCGCUUUCUCCACUGAAGGAUGCUGUGACGCCGAAGCCUGAGAGCAUUGUGGGCAAUGCGUGUGGGUCAGACACUGUGGGCAAAGCAGAAGACCUUUUGAAGAUGGGGCAGGGGAACGGUGAUCAGCAGCUUUCUAGCUUUGGUCAGUCAGGCAAGGCAGACAGAUUAUUUGCCAUCUUUGAGCGCUAUGUGAAAGAUGCCCGCAAGCAAGGCACUGACCUGGUUGAGAUUGCCGACUUGUGCAAGUUUCUUGCAGGCAAAAACCAGGCGGCACGCAGCGCAGACGCUACUGCCCCGUUGUUGGUGAUCAUCAAUGAUGUCGGUUCCCAGAAAAAGCCGGCGAACGAAAGAUAUCGCCUGCAGGCUUUUGGUCUGAAACUGGGCGAGAGCGGUGAGACCAUGAUGUUAGGAUGCCCCAACCGGUCAUGGAUGAGCUCCAACGUCUUCCCGCGGGCUCCAGUGCUUUGUCGUUCCUCGGCCGAGUUCGGCGCGCUGUUCCGUAGGUACUGCGACGAGAGUGAGAUGCAGAUCCAGCACCACUACCACCGGGCCACCUUGGUGCAAAGUGAUUUGAUCGGCUUUACGCGCAUGGCCUCGUUGAAACCGCCGGAGGCCGUGGUCAAGGCCGUCUCCGUGCCUUCGCUGGGGUGGCCGGGGUGCCGGAGGGAGGUUUCACGCGCGGAACGGCGAAGCUCCGGAGUGUGUGCAGAGCUGCAGCCGGCGGACCUGUUUGGCCUUUUCGAUGGCUUGGCUGAUGAGUAUGGGAUCUACAAGGUGGAGACUGUGGGGGAUGCCUACAUCGCUGGGCAAGCUGAGCCACCCUUGACGCUGGACAACUAUCCGCCCAAUGUGAUCCGCUUCGGGUUGAAGAUGAUCGGAGACUCGGAUGAGACCAUCGGGGUACGCGUGGGCGUGCACUCAGGCGAAUGCAUCGGUGGCAUCGUGGGGAUCGACAAGCAGCGCUAUCACCUCUUCGGUCAGCUGAUCCACCAGCUGGAGCUUCUAGAGCCACCCGGCUUGGUGAGCAGUUCCUGCAAGGCGGCGGUGGAGGCCGCCUGGGCCAGCGAUACGCACACGCAUCGUGAGGAGAACCUCUCGGUGUCCUCGUGCUUGCGCUUCGACUUCGUCGAGCGCCCGGAGAAGCACCUGGUGACCUCGAAGGGGGAAGUGCAUCAAUAUGCAGAAGUGGGCGGCCACUUGUGCGAGCUGGGGCCUGUCCACGCGUGGUCCAAAGUGACCUACAGAGCUGGUGGUCCAGAGUCCAGAGCCUUGCCACUUCGCCGGCUGAGCGGGGAAGACCGCGCUUCGGGCCAGCUGUUCAGUGCAAAUGCCAUGAAGAAGAGCGGCAAAAAGGGGCAGAAUCAGAAUGACUUGAGAGAAUGGCUAUGCCAGCGGCUUGUGGUCGAGGCCGUGCGUUUGCGCUUCUCUGCACGCGGGGAAGCCCACGACGGGUGGAGCGACCCAGUCUGGCCGGGGCACCUCCGCGUGGAGUGGAGUGGAAUGAAGUGGAUUGAUGUGGUGGGCUGGGCUGACUCCGCACGCGAAGCGGUCACGAUCACCACCUUGACCAUCAUGGUGGAACCGUCGCGUUGGCAGGAUCGCUGUGAGGAGGCGGGCAUGGAGGGCAAGUGCCUGGGGGAGAUGCUGCGGGGUGGAGGGCCAGUGCCAGGGCGUGGGCCGGUCUUCUCCCCAAAAAUCACGAUGGACAUGGAGAAAGGGGUGUUGGGAGUUAAGAUGUUUGAUUUGGGGUCUUCAUCGGCCCAUGCCAUUGGGAAUCUGCGACUGCAGGUGCUCCAAGAAGUCUUGACCAUCACACGACAUGGCAUUGCAGAGGAAGAGCUUGGCACUUAA